CUUUCUGAGAAUUUUUUUUAGGUGGAUUGCCAUUAUACUCUAUCAUUGUGCACAGUAAUUACAUAGUAUGGAUGUUAGUCUGCCUUUGGCGUAGUGAUAUGGUAGUCCCCUGUUUAUUGUGGUUUUGCUUUCCUCAGUUUCAGUUACUUGCAGUUAACUGCAGUCUGAAAAUACUACAUGGAAAAUUCCAGAUAUAAACAAUUCACUGGUCUUCCUUUGUCCAUCUCAUUCAUUUAGCUACAUGCUAGUCAGUUAGUAGCCAUCUCAGUUAUUAGAUCAAAAAAACGUAUCUGCAGUUUGAGGCAUCCACCGGGAGUCUUGGAAAAUAUCCUCCGACCUCAUGCAUAUAAGGGAGUGACUACUGUGACAUCACCUCUUACAAAAGGAACAAGUUGAAAUCAUCGCAGAAGGAUAAAGUUCGUCAGUUUAUGAUCUUCACACAAUCUAGUGAAAAAACAGCAGUAAGUUGUCUGUCUCAAAAUGACUGGAAGUUAGAUGUUGCAACAGAUAAUUUUUUCCAAAAUCCUGAACUUUAUAUACGAGAGAGUGUAAAAGGAUCAUUGGACAGGAAGAAGUUAGAACAACUAUACAGUAGAUACAAAGAUCCUCAAGAUGAAAAUAAAAUUGGAAUAGAUGGUAUACAACAAUUCUGUGAUGACCUGGCACUCGAUCCAGCCAGCAUUAGUGUGUUGAUCAUUGCAUGGAAGUUCAGAGCAGCAACACAGUGUGAGUUCUCCAAGCAGGAGUUCAUGGACGGCAUGACAGAAUUAGGAUGUGACAGCAUAGAAAAACUAAAGGCCCAGAUACCCAAGAUGGAACAAGAAUUGAAAGAACCAGGACGAUUUAAGGAUUUUUACCAGUUUACUUUUAAUUUUGCAAAGAAUCCAGGACAAAAAGGAUUAGAUCUAGAAAUGGCCAUUGCCUACUGGAACUUAGUGCUUAAUGGAAGAUUUAAAUUCUUAGACUUAUGGAAUAAAUUUUUGUUGGAACAUCAUAAACGGUCAAUACCAAAAGAUACUUGGAAUCUUCUUUUAGACUUCAGUACAAUGAUUGCAGAUGACAUGUCUAAUUAUGAUGAAGAAGGAGCAUGGCCUGUUCUUAUUGAUGACUUUGUGGAAUUUGCACGCCCUCAAAUUGCUGGGACAAAAAGUACAACAGUGUAGCACUAAAGGAACCUUCUAGAAUGUACAUAGUCUGUACAAUAAAUACAACGGAAAAUUGCACAGUCAGUUUCUGCUGGCUGGACUGAACUGAAGAUCAAUCCUCACAAUUCAGACUGAGGGUUGAGACAAAACUUUAAGGAUACAUCUUGGACCAUAUCGUAUUUCAUUCUUCUAAUGGUGGUUUGGGCUUGUCUUCUAGUCUGGGCCGCUCUAAACAUUUAUAUUCCAACAUUGUGGAUUUCAUCAUAUAUCUGUGGACCAUCCUAGUUUAUUCUCCCAUAAGUCUUAGAAGCUUUAUGGUGAUUAUUUUGAGGUUUCCAUUCUUGCAUAAAGCACAAUGCUGAGUUCAUCAGAAAACUGUUGGCAUAAGAAUUAAACAUAUGAACAUCCAAACAAUUUAUAAAAACUUCUUAAAUACAUGCUUUGGGCUAGUUGCAAAGACUAUGCUAAUAGCACUUCCAAUGAGAGUGAUAUAUUUAAGUGUACUGGAUCUGGAGUGGUGUUUUGGUUUGGGGGGAUUUUUUUUUGUCCUGGCAAAUCACAUGUUGAGUAGAGUAUCUUAUGAAAAAAAUGUCAAAAUAACCAAUGUGAAAAAAUUUUAGGAUAACUUGGUGCCUACCUGAAAAAUGUGUUGCAGACUCUAAAUUUCAAAAAGGUUCCACAGAUCUAAUCUGCACUUCCCCGUGUUUAUAUAUAGUUGUCCUACAGGGAUCUUUUAUUUAGAAAAUGUCUGCAUAAUGUUAGAUUCCACUCCUGACUACAUUAUGCUCACUACAUAAUUGGAUUUCAUUAUGCUUUUUAAAUGCUUUUAUGCCUGUCGAAUAAGUUAAACUAUUUAAUUUGUUUCAAAUGUUUUGAUUACUACACAAUACAGUAUUCUAAAUUUA